AUGGCCUUCAAUCAACACCCGCCCAGAGGCCCCGCGACGGCUGGAGGUGCCCCGAAUAUGGCCCCGGACUUCAAUGCCAUGCUCCAGCGCUCCAUGCAAGCACCCGGCCAACUACAAGCCCAGGUCCAAGAACCUCCCCGAGGCCCGUCGCCGUCUAUGGGGUAUGAAGGUGUAUACAGUGCCACACCACCACCACAACAUGGUCCCAAUGUGCUCGGUGGAGCCAGAGGGAUGGCACCGCAGCCUAUACUACCCGUCGAUCUCCCACCGCAAGCCUUCCUGACAUCGGCAAUGCUCUUGGAUAUGGUGGACACCAACCUUGUCCUCACAGAGUGCUACGAGCGAAUAGCAGCCCGCAACCCCGACGCCCAACCCUCGUCUGACCCCUCUAUUCCACGCUGGCUGAUAAACGAUGUCAAGCUCCCUGGCGUCAUGACCAUACGAGGCGAGAAUGUCACCAUAUGCGCCACAGUUGAUCUCGACCGCGAAGAGUACCCCAAGGGCGCAAAGUUCGCAGAAGAAGACCAAGUCAGAUCCUUGGCCGCAUCACAAAAAGCGGAGAAGAAGGAGGUAGAUUCACGGAAAGCCAAGGCGCUGAAGCAGGCCGGAAUUGAACCUGGUUUCGGUAUGCAGGGCUGA